AUGUCUCCAUCCGCAACCGAAGGCAAUGGCAUCACAUCCAAGAUAUCAUCCAAAAUUAAUGAUGCAGUUUCAUCCUCAAAUUCCUUUUCAAUCUACACAAUACCCCUCAUCAUAAACAACGAACCACACCAAUCUUCCAAAACCUUUCCCGUCCAUUCACCAUCCGACAACUCUCAUCUCCACAACUGCACAUCCGCAUCAGCAUCCGAUAUUGAACUCGCCCUCAAUACAGCUCAAGCUGCAUACCCAGCAUGGCGCACCUUACCUCCACCUCAAAAACGGGAUAUCUUCCUCCGAGCCGCCGCCCUCCUACUCGAACAAAAAGUCACCCUCGAAGAAACCAUGAUUAAAGAAACCGGCUCCGAUCCCCUUUGGGCCGGUUUCAAUACGCAUCUUGCUCGAGAAGGACUCCUCGAUGUUGCUGGUCGUAUAACUUCCAUCGCGGGUAGUAUACCCAUGACCUCUGAAGAAGGGCGCAGCGCACUUGUGUACAAGGAGCCCUAUGGAGUGAUCCUCGGCGCUGCACCCUGGAACGCUCCAUAUAUUCUCGGUUUCCGUAGCGUGACAUAUGCGCUUGCCGCUGGAAAUUGCGCAGUAUUGAAAGCGCCGGAAUUUUCACCCAUGUGUAGUUGGCACAUAUGUGAUAUAUUCCAUAAAGCAGGGUUACCCAAGGGAGUCUUGACAUUCGUGGCGAUAGCGAGUGAAGAGGCUCCGGCGCGAACGGAACAGAUGAUCGCGAGUCCGAUUAUCAAGAAGAUCAAUUUUACUGGGAGUACGAGGGUGGGUAGGAUUUAUGGGGAAUUGGCUGGGAAGUUUCUAAAACCGGUCGUGCUGGAAUUGGGUGGGAAGGCUAGUGUCAUUGUGUGGGAAGAUGCGGAUUUAAAAAUGGCGGCGGCGGAGUGUGCAAAGGGGGCUUUCUUGCAUUCAGGUCAGAUCUGUAUGAGUACAGAGAGAGUACUGGUUCACAAGAACAUUGCAGCGGAGUUCGAAAAAGCAUUCGCAGCCGCGACUGCAGAAAUGUUUUCCACCCCAGGAACCCUCAUUAACCCCACCGGCGUCUCCAACAACGCCUCCCUAAUCAACGAUUCCCUCUCCAAAGGGGCCUCCAUCCUGCACGGCACCCCUCCAUCCCCCGAUUCCCCCCCUACCACCCAAAUGGCACCCGUAAUCCUGAAAUCCAUCACCCCCUCCAUGGACAUCUACCACAAAGAAUCCUUCGGGCCCACCGUCUCCAUGAUUGAGAUAUCGACCGAGGAAGAAGCGAUCCGCGUCGCAAAUGACACGGACUAUGGACUCGCAGCCGGCAUCUACACGCGGGAUUUGCAGCGGGGAUUGAGGAUAGCGAGGGCGGUAGAGAGUGGUGCUGUGCAUAUUAAUGGACAUAAUGGGAGUGUGCAUGAUGAGGCGGGACUGCCGCAUGGGGGCAUGAAGGAUAGUGGGUUUGGGAGGUUUGGGGCGGCGGGGUUGGAGGAGUGGGUUAGGACGAAGACAGUUACGUUUAUGGAUUAG